UGUUUGCUAGGUCGUUGUAGGGCAAAUUAUUUUAAUUGACGUAGUACCUGUUGUAAUUGUGGUUGAAUCUGUCUCCUAAUACUUUCCUGUCCACACUUGUUGACAGUAGUUUUCAACACAUUAAGUUUAUGAAAGGUUCGAAGUGAAACACUAUCAUGCUCAUGAAGUUUUCGGGGUCAAUUUGGCAAACGCUUCGUGAGAUUUCUAAAAAAUGACGUCGCAAAAACAACCAAACCGCCACUCUUUCAAUGGCUCAGCUUUGGCUGAUAAAGCAAGAAUCGACAAACGAUACCACCAAGUUCGUGAAUGUAAACUUUCUGCCUUACAAGAAUUACAGAUUCCACAGUCUAUGAGAUAUAAAGGUCAAAAUAAGUUGCAUUUCAAUAACAUCAAAAAUCUCGGAGCUCAAAGACAGCGAAGUAACUCGUUACCAGAGGAAACCAGUAUAAAGAAGAUAGUUACCAAGAUAGAGGACGACGCAAGUCUGAGUAUGAUGAUACCAAGACCACGUAGUGUAUCAUUUGAUCCUACGUCUAAACUUUAUAUCGCUGCAUCCGAAAAUGAUGCGAAGGAAUUAAAACGAGUUCUAGAGUCGGGUAAGGCUAAUCCAAACAAGUUAUAUCUCUCUGGUGUUGCUCCACUUCAUAUUGCUGCGAUUGAUGGACAUUUGGAAGCAAUGAAAGUUCUUGUACAGUAUAAUGCUGACAUCAAUAUUCACGAUGUGGAAGGUUGUUCUCCAUUAGAGUUUGCAUUACGAGGUGGACAUUUUGAUUGUGCGUCGUUUUUGAUCAAAGUUGGAGCUGAUACGAAAAAAAUUGUGCAUGGCUUGAACUGAAUCAUAAUAUAAGCGCGGGGAUGAUAUGAGAGAUGUACUAAAAAUAAAUAAGAUUAUUGUAUAAAUUGAGUUGUAAAGUACUGGGCUGGUGACACUGAUGAACUCUCCUGUUUAUUUCAUAUAAUUAGUAUGUUAAACCUGAUUUUUAGAAUUUUUGUAGUAAAUUUAAUGUUUGAGUUAUAUGGGUGUAAUAUAGCUUGUAGAAAAUCUACGUACUCAGGUAGAAUUGCGACUGAUAAGCUCUUAUCAAAAUAAAUGCAAGAGUGAAAAGCGAAACAUCGUUUUUCAUUAUUUGUUUUAAAUUUAAA